AUGAAAAAGAUUGAAACUUUUGAAGAUUUAAAUUUACGCGCGAAUUUACUUUCUGGUUUUUAUAGUGAUGGUAAAAAAGAAAUGACAGAAUUGCAAAAAAAGUUGAUCAUGCCAAUUAUUUCAUCCUAUCCACCAGUUGAUGUUGUGUCCACAUCUAAAAUUGGAACUGGUAAAACAGUUGGGUUUUCACUUGCCCUUCUUGAAAGAAUUGAUCUGAAUCAUGAUUUAUAUUCGAAAGGUGCCCCUCAAGCAUUGGUGAUUGUACCGACCAGGGAAAUGGCGAUAAGUCUCUCUCAUAUUAUAGCAUCCUUUGCGAAAUUUAUGAGUGUCAAAGUAUUUGGGAUAUAUGGAGGUCAAAUGCGGUCUGCAGAGCUAGCUCUGCAAGAAAUUCAACAUGUAGUUGUGGGAACGCCAGUGAAAUUGUUAGAUUUGAUAGAGAGCAAUAUUCUGAAUGUGAAAUAUUUGAAAAUGUUAAUUGUUGAGGAGAUGAGUCAUGUACAAAAUUAUGGUUUUCAAGCUCAUGUUGAGGAAAUUGUGAAAAUUGCCAAAAAGUUAAAUCUUCAGAUUUGUAUUUUUGGAUGUGCAAGAAAUCGAGAUACCAAAUUGUUCAUUCAAAAACAUUUGAGAGAUCCAAUAUUAUUAGAAGAUUUGUAA